AUGUGUCCGUCGGCACCGUUUAUUGCCCGCCGACUGGCCGAAGAUUGUCCGGUCGGUGAUAAUAAUAAUAAUAAUUAUGUUAUACCUGCCGGUGUCGAUGUCUUCAUAAUGAUUGAACAAAUGCAUUACAAUCGGGAAGUGUUUGCCGAUCCCAAUCAUUUCCGUCCCGAACGCUUUCAACCAUCAGAAUCGGACACUAAAAUAAAUGCCGGCAAUUAUGUACCGUUUAGUGCCGGUCCGCGCGGUUGUAUUGGCAAACGGUUCGCCGUAAUGCAAGAAAUGAUUGUUUUGUCGAAAAUUUUGCUAAACUUUUCAAUUGAAUCACUGGAACCGUUAGAUAGUAUUAAAAAGUCGGCCGAAAAGGCUAAUCGGGCCAAAAUUGGCUAA